GUUUAACAUACUGGAAGCAUGGCUACAAGUGCUGUUCCCAGCGAGAACCUCCCCACGUACAAGCUGGUGGUGGUCGGAGACGGUGGUGUGGGGAAGAGCGCUCUCACCAUUCAAUUUUUCCAGAAGAUUUUUGUGCCAGACUAUGACCCGACUAUUGAAGAUUCCUACCUGAAACACACUGAAAUAGAUGGGCAAUGGGCAAUUCUUGAUGUUCUAGAUACUGCAGGCCAAGAGGAGUUUAGCGCAAUGCGGGAGCAGUACAUGAGGACGGGAGAUGGUUUCCUUAUCGUCUACUCCGUCACAGACAAGGCCAGCUUCGAACACGUGGACCGGUUCCACCAGCUGAUCCUCAGAGUCAAAGACAGAGAGUCCUUCCCAAUGAUUUUGGUGGCAAACAAAGUUGAUCUAAUGCAUUUACGGAAAAUCACCAGAGAGCAGGGAAGAGAAAUGGCAACAAAACAUAAUAUUCCAUAUAUAGAAACUAGUGCCAAGGAUCCACCUCUAAAUGUUGACAAGGCCUUCCAUGAUCUCGUUAGGGUAAUAAGGCAACAGAUCCCAGAGAAAAGCCAGAAGAAAAAGAAGAAGACCAAGUGGCGCGGGGACAGAGCCACGGGCUCCCACAAACUGCAGUGCGUGAUCUUGUGACGGAGGGGAGGCCGGGGGUGCCCCCGCACGUCCCCCUCCUGCCCCCCGACCCCAGGC